AUGUCAACGCAAGUGUUAGAAGCGCAAAGAUGUGAAAAGGCUCAAGUGUGUAUUACGGAUUUAUCUCAAACAGAAUGUGGUGUAGGUUUUACUUUAACUCAAAAUAGCCACAUAUUUGGCUGCUGCCCGGGUUGCACGCCGAUAGGUGACUCGGGGGGUGACGGAGACGAUGAUGAUGAUUACAAUUUUGAUCAUCAAUGCCGCCCCCCAGCCAACUGUUUAGCGAACGGAUGGUAUGCGCCUGUGCAAUGCAAAGGCGAUGUUUUUACUGGUAGAUGUUUCUGCACGGAUAAAAACGGUAACAGAAUAUUUGGACAAAUGUGGAGGAACCAAGCAAGCGAGAUGACUUGUGCAUGUAGUAGGAGUAGACACGAAUUGGAGGAGGAAGGGCAUGUUGUUUCUCUGCACUGUUCAUCCAAUGGUGAUUACGAGCCAUUGCAAUGCAGUGAAGGCAUGUGUUGGUGCGUCGAAACAAAAACAGGUCAACCUACUGUCAUUCCCGUACCUGAAAACGAUAUGAAGAUGUUGCCUUGUUACAGUGCCUCGGCGGUGGGUGAACAGUACUUACGAAGGUGCGAAAGUAUAGCGUUCGCAUUAGCAACGAUACACAAGGAACAAUCGGAACAUGGAACAAAUUUUUUUGGAAACCCAACAACGUUCUGUGAUUAUGACGGAAGUUAUGGACCGUAUCAAAUUCAGAAUGGAAUUGCCUAUUGUACCGGGCGUGAUGGUAAAAUUCUUGGAUCUUGGCAGGUUGUUGUCAGUGAAAUGGCUGGAAUUAAUUGUAACUGCGCUCGUGAUUCAACAAUACAUUUCCCGGAGCGAGGUAUGAGAGUAUCCGAGGUUUGCCAGCCGAACGGUAACUACCGUGCCAACCAGGUCGCAAACAACAUUACCUACUGUGUAGAUUCCGAUGGCUACUCCAUCGAUAAUAGAGACGAUUGGCCUCCCGCUUGCAUAAAUGCUCUUUAACUCUGGUUGGUUUACAAGUUAGGUCCGUACUGCUGAGAAAGUUGAAAUCUAACAGUAAGAGUAAUGCUCCUACACUUAAUUGACUAUUUAACGUAUAAAUUAUAAUAUUGCAGUAUUUAAAUGUAUUAAUUGUUGUUUAUUUCGUAUUUAAAAUAAUGAUUAUACUGAUCAA